AUGCAUUUCAUCUUCCUUUCACUGGCAUUGCUUUUCACCUCCCCUCAGGUGACGGCGACAAAAUCUUCGAGCUGCGCGCCAUUCUCUUCCUCCUUGUUUGAAUAUUCCUCUGGGUUUCAAGAGCCAUCCCCCCCACUGGUGAACGACGAAUACACGGCAAACUUCAUCCAGCAUAAGUGGAACCAAAAUCUAUCUCACAUUACGGCUGGGCAUAUCAGCAACUCACCAUCGCUUGAUAUCGUCCUUGUUGAUGAAGCCUCCGAUAGCGGCUUGGCCUCGUCAAUGUUCAAUUAUGCCAACGUCACUCAGGACGGUCUAGUAGACAACACAUUGUCAACCUAUUACAGCUCCAGCAAUGUGGUUGUGUGGAAGGGUUAUGUCAAUUCUGCCUUCCCUUUGUUCGCACGGGACUUUCUUGUUACCAAUAAAGCGAUCUUUGGCGGACUGGUCAAAAGACGAUUCCAUGAAGGCUAUGUGGCAUCUUGGGAUAUCAUGUAUCAAGGUGCGAUUCCUGUCACAGUUUACGUAAACAAUUGCAACCUCGUGGUCGGUUAUGAUUUCUUUACGACCGGGGAGCGGACGAAAGCAAUCACCGAAUACUUCAACAUUCAGGCCAAUGCCUCAUCUACUGCGUAG